AUGUCGCCACCUUUCAAAUAUACUCAACCAGAACACAAAUUAACCUUGAUUCCUGGUCCAAUUGAGUUUAGUGAUGAUGUUUUGGCAUCAAUGGCCACGCCAUCACAAGCUCAUACUUCGCCUGAAUUUGUUACUACCUUCCAAUCGGUAUUGACGAGAUUGAGGAAAUUAUUCAAAUCGAGUGACGCAAACUCUCAAGGUUUCGUUUUGAGUGGAUCGGGAACUUUGGGUUGGGAUGUUGCUGCUACUAAUUUGAUCCAACAUGGUGAUAAAGUUUUGGUUUUAUCCACCGGAUUCUUUAGUGAUUCUUUUGCCGAUGCCUUGAGGAUUUAUGGCGCAAAUGUUGAUGUUCUUACUGCUAAAGUUGGUGACGUUGUUCCUUUGGAGGAGAUUAAGAAACAAUUGCAAAAGGAAAAAUAUACAGCUAUCACCAUUACCCAUGUUGAUACUUCUACUUCAGUUGUAAGCGAUGUUGAAGCUAUCAGCAAAUUGGUUAAGCAAGAGUCGCCAGAAACGUUGAUCAUUGUUGAUGGUGUUUGUUCUAUUGGUGUUGAAGAUUUGCAAUUUGACAACUGGGGGAUUGAUUUUGCCUUGACUGCGUCGCAAAAGGCAAUUGGUGUACCGGCUGGAUUGGCUAUUUUCUACAUCAGCAAAAGAGCAUUGUCCAAGGCUUUGGAUAAGAAGGAAACCACUUAUUUCGCAUCGUUAAAGAGAUGGGACCCUAUUAUGAAAGCUUAUGAACUGGGCAAACCUGCUUAUUUUGCUACACCUGCCGUACAGACAAUUACUGCGUUAAACACCUCACUCGAUGAAAUCUUCUCGGCAAGUUUAGAUGAGAGAUUUGCCAAAAAUGCAAAGGAGUCUGAUAAAUUUAAAAGUAAAUGUAAAGAAUUAGGGUUAACCAUUGUUCCAGUGAAUGAGUCUGUUGCAGCACAUGGAUUAACUGCAGUUUAUUUCCCUGAGGAUAUUGAUGGGCCUGCGUUAUUAAAGCGGUUGAGUGAAAAGGGGUUUGUUGUGGCAGGUGGUAUUCAUAAACAAUUACUUGGUAAGUAUUUCAGAGUUGGACAUAUGGGUUACUCGGUUUAUGCUGGUCACAUUGACAAAUUCUUAAAGGCACUCGAAGAGAGUUUGAACGAGUUGAGAAGUGAGAAUAAGUGA